CAAGUAAACAAUAACAACAGCUAUUUCCAGACUCCUGCGUUUUUCAACAUGGCGGGUUGUGGCCAUGAGCACCAUGAACACGAACACGACGAUUCUGAAGCAGAGAGGGGCGCCCAGUUUCAUCUUUUCCAGAAGAUAGACCUCAUUAAGCUUCAGUGCUUGAAUGAAGCCGAGGAAGGUUCAGCCAAAAACGUAUUCAAACCGUGGGAUGAACGCUUAGAUACCACUAAAUUUGUGGAAAGCGACGUGGACGAGGAACUUUUGUUCAACAUUCCUUUUGUUGGUCAAGUCAAACUGAAAGGGAUUGUCGUCAUAGGUGGAGAAAAUGGCGAACACCCUUCAGAGAUGAAGCUCUAUAAAAAUCGCCCGUUUAUGACUUUUGACGAUGCAAAUGCACAGCCUGAUCAAAUAUUCGAAAUGAAUGAAGACCACGAUGGUAGUUUAGAGUACACGCCCAAGGUGGCACGAUUUUCAAACGUGGAGCACCUUUCCAUUUAUUUUCCACGUAACUUUGGCGCUGAAACGAGCAAGGUGUACUUUAUUGGAUUGAAAGGUGACUUUCAAGAGGUUCAUCGCCAUGGUGUGACAAUCUGUACAUAUGAAGCUAAACCUAACAUAUCGGAUCAUAAAACUGACACAUUUGACAGCGUGCACCAUCCAGUCAGUUAGAGAUAAGACGAUAGGUGCAAUGUUAAGCUUAAGAUUUACUGCAAUGAUGAAAGUUUUCACAUUUUAAAUGUAAACUUAGGUUACCUGCAGAAAGUAAAGAAAUUAUCUUACUUGUUUCAUAGCUUUAGUCUAGCUUGUUGAAGUAUGUAAAAUAAAAUUCAGUUGGAAAUAUUGUGUGAAAAAAGAGCCCCCAUAAACUUACCAGGCUUGUUAUGUCUGGUUACAGAAACAUUAAUACUGGAAUAAACUGCUAAUUGAUGUCAGCCUUUAAAACAUAGAGUUUGAUUCUACUGAUUGUAAUAUUUGAUUGUAAUGUGACGGAAACUAAAUAUUCCAUUGUUAUUUUACUUUUGAUUUUGGGAGUUGUUUCAAGAUCUUCCAAGAGUCCCUAUUUUCCCCCAAGAUAUUUAAAGUAGAGUGAGCACGGAAUAGUGAAAUCUAAGAGUGGUAAAGGUGUGAAUGGCAUCAGUGUUGUAGGCCUACAUGUAUUUGUCUUAUCCAAUUAAACGUCAGUCUUGUAGACUGUGUUUAGUUAAUGUGCAAACUGUGAUUGCUGUAACCCACCAACUGUAAUGGUAUUUAUUUUGAAUAAAAAAGUG